AUGACCCCUAAGAAACGAGGCACCCCUGAAGCAGGAUUGUCUUCUGCCAAGCGUCGUACUCCACAAUCUGCUUCUACAGUGGAGUCCAGCGGUGUUGGUGGUCAAAAGGACCCAUGCGUCCCUUUUGGUGUUUUCACUCAAGAGGAUGCCGACAAUCUGCCUCCUGUCCUGCGUAAGAGCAACAAGAGUUUCAAGGCGAAGACUGAGACUCUCUUCUGUGAACAGCCCAGUCAGGCAAGCACCAAAUGUAGCAAGAGCAACGAUGGAUCUAGUGAUGACAGCAGUGACAGUAUGAUUGAGCUUCCUACUGACAGUGCACCUGCCAUGUCGUCCAUUUCCGAGGACACUGCCAAAUGCCAACGACGCAUGGAGCGUGAGGCCAUCUUUGCAGCUGGAUGA